GCAAGUCACAAACAAGCCUGCAGUGACCUUGAGAAGGCCAGCCAAUUCAUCACAGAAGCAUUGCAGAAUGAGGUCCAGAGGAACACAACUCUGUGCAUGUUAAUCCAUCGUCUGGAAGAGAGGGCGGCUGAGAAUGGAAGGAGCCUAUCAGAGCAGGUGGAGUCAAACCGGCAGCUGAAGCUCCAGGUGGAUGAACUACAGAAACAACUGGAGAACAAGGACAACUCCUUAACACAAGCCAAACAGAGUAUUGCAAUCCUGACGAAUGAACUGACUGACCUGCAACAGCAGAUGCAGAGCCACCAGAGUAGUUGCAGGACGAUUCAGGAAGUGACUGAAGGACUGCAGGAAGGAGAGAGUCAGCCCAAUGUGAUGCGUAUUGCUGUCCUGACGAAUGAACUGGCAGACCUGGAAGAGCUGCUGCAGAGCCAUCAGAGCAAUUGCAGGACGAUUCAGGAAGUGACUGAAGGACUGCAGGAAGGAGAGAGCCAGCCCAAUGUGAUGCGUAUUGCUGUCCUGACGAAUGAUCUGGCAGACCUGGAAGAGCUGCUGCAGAGCCAUCAGAGCAAUUGCAGGACGAUUCAGGAAGUGACUGAAGGACUGCAGGAAGGAGAGAGCCAGCCCAAUGUGGUGAUGAAACUAUCUCUGCCCCAGAACAGAUCACCUCCUCAUCUGCAGAUAUCAAAUCUGAAUCGGUGCAGGAAGAAGAUGAAAAAUCAGACCUGGCUCCAGUCGUCAGCUCAGACAAGGCUCCAGUCGUCAGCUCAGAUAUGACUCAAGUCGUCAGUUCAGCUUCAGACAUGACUCCAGUCGUCAGCUCAGCUUCAGACAUGUCUCCAGUCGCCAGUUUAGCUUCAGACAACGCUCCAGUCAUCAGCUCUGUGAUGAUCCAGUCCCUUCCAGAUCCUCCGUCCCUGGUCAAGUGCAGGAGGUUGUCAGUGCAAGUGGUCGACUGCUGUGCAACACAAUGUCAUCAAAGAACACAAGACCACCAGAAUAACAAAGAUGGUGAAAACCCCAAAACUGGAACAGGAGGAGUGUCCCAACCUGCUUUGUCAGCUGUUCCUAAAUCUACUGCCGCCCCAGAGACCACUUUGAAGAAGUAUCUCUGUUCUGAUUUCAGUAAUGUGAAAACUCUAAAAGCACAUCAGCAAACCCAUCAAGGGAAGCCACGUCAUUGCUCUGUCAUCGGAAAACGUUUCACUGCAAAGAAGUGUUUGAAGAGGCAUCAGAGCAUUCACACCGAAGAUGAGCCAAAUCAGUGCGGACAGUG